AUGGGGAAAGAAGCUGCAAUCUCAUUUCCCCAUCUGCAAUGUGGAGGUCACCUGAACCAGAUCAGUAGGGGACUCCUGGAUGGUGAACCUGUCUUUGUCAUAUGCACUGCAGGACAGCAAUAUGCUGUAGAUCUCUGCAUAAAGGGACUGCAUAAACCAUGGACUACAAAAAGUAUUGGGCAUCAGAUCCCCAGCAGUGGACAUGGACCUGACAUGCAGGGAACUCUGUGCUGUAACACCAGUUAUAAGGAACAACUAUGCCUUGUGUGUGGAGAUGAGGCAUUGGGUUAUCACUAUGGAGUCUCCUCAUGUGAAGCGUGCAAGGCCUUCUUCAUGCGCACCAUCCGAGGUUAUAUUGAGUACAGAUGCCGAGCCAGCAAUGAUUGUAAAAUCAUUAAGAGACACAGAAAUGUUUGCCGAGCAUGUCGUUUCGCUAAGUGUCUUCUUGUCGGCAUGAAGAAAGAAUGUGUCAAAUUGGAUAGAGUCAAGUGUGGACAGAAAAAUUACAAGAGGAAACCAUCAGAUGUUGUGCUUGAUAAUCCACAGAGUCAUAUCCAACAAGGAUCUGCAACAGUAGUUACAAAACAAGAUCCAAUGAAUGCAGUGGUAUCAUAUUGGCUGGUGGUAAAAUUGGAUCAGUUGCUUCCCAUGUCAAAUCCAGUUCUGACAGAUGCAUACCUGAACACCAUGAACACUCUGCGUGACCUUGCUGACCAAGAGAUUGUUAACAUAAUCAGCUGGGCCAACAACAUUCCGGGCUUCUCCUCCCUCUCUCAGUCAGACCAGAAGAGCCUUUUGCGAAGUGCCUGGAUGGAGGUCUUCCUGCUUUGCGUGAUAUUUCGCUCCUUACCCUACGAAGACAAGGUUGUAUUUGCAGAGGAUAUUGUGCUGCACAAGGAUUCUUCAUGCUCUGCUCGUCUCUCUGACCUUUGCUCCGACAUCUUGCAUCUUAUUCGCAAGUACCAGACCCUGUAUUUGGAAAGGGAGGAGUACAACAUUCUGAAAGGCCUCGCCCUGACUAAUUCAGAUUCUGUGGACAUAGAGGAUCCAGAAGCCGUUCUUCAGCUCCGUGACAAUCUAUGGGAAACCCUCAAUGAUUAUGAGUCAAACCAGCAUCCAGAAGAACCACGCCGGCAUGAAAGGCUGCUGCUAACACUCCCACUCCUGCGCCAGAUGGCUGGACAUGUUAUGCAGCAUUUUAUUAGUCAAUAA